AUGUCAUUUUCCGCUCUUGAGAUGAAAAAUGACAAAUUUUUCCUUGAGAAAAUUUCAGAUUAUAGAUUCUCUCUGUCAAUCUCUUUAAAAAUGAAAGGUAUUCCAUAUGAUAAAGGAAGUGGGGACGGUACUACAGUUGGAUCUCUAAAUGUGCCCAAAGAAAGAAACAAGGAUGGAGUUAAAAAAAAAAGUGGUGGAGUUAAAAAAAAAAGUGGAUCAGUACCUCUGACGCCACGACAAGUCAAUCUUUAUGAAGCUUUUAACUGGUCCGAAUUUUGGAAAAAAAAAAGAGAACCACCUCCCCUCCAGGUUCCCAAGAAUGGAAAGGUACCACGUUGCAUAAAUGCGUUUAUGUUGAUGAAGACAUAUGUGAGAAAGGAUGCGCAUGAAUUUGCGAGUCUAGAGAAAAAGUUUGACGGCGUCGAUAUAAGCGUGGUUAGCGGAAAAGCCUGGAGUAAUAGCACUGAAAAAGACCGCGAAAUCUUUGAUAAUAUGGCCAAGGAAUUAAAACAGCAGUAUAAAAAGGCAUAUCCUGACCAACAAUAUCAUGCGCACAGAUUACCUAAGUGGAACAAUGUCUCCCAAGACAGUUAUUCUGAGGCGGUCUCUAAAAAACAAAGUGCUAAGGAUGAGAAUAAAUCAAAGAAUUCAUUUCUUGUUUCUAAUAUCGAUAAUCCAAUGAACGACAAUAAUAUUUUCGGCUCGUACAAUCCAAAUGAUCCCAAUGAAUUCUUCCCUGCAGUUCAGUUUUUGAACGAUGAAGAUUCCUUAACACAAAACGACCUUCUAUCUGGCUACCAAACCAAUAUGUGUGAUGAUUAA